CUCUGCUCCUCGCUGCCCACAACACCUGUUGGCAAUGGGGGCAGAGGAGGAAAGGCCGCCAUCUCCCAGGGCUGCGGAGCCCGCCAAACUGCGGCUUCGGAGGGAGCUGGGGCUGGCCAGCUCCGUGUCACUGAUCGCAGGCUGCAUGAUCGGCGCCGGGAUCUUCAUGAAUCCCCAGCAUGUUCUCUACCACAUGGGGAGCCCCGGGGGAAGCCUGGUCAUCUGGGCAGCCUGCGGUCUCCUGGCCACUCUGGGAGCACUGAGCUACGCGGAGCUGGGCACGCUCAUCACAGAGUCGGGCGGAGACUACGUCUACAUCCUCCGGACCUUCGGGGCCCUCCCUGCCUUCCUGGUGAUUUACGUAUCCACACUGUUGGUCAGACCGGCUGGGAUCGCAGCCAUGUCACUGACCUUUGCAGAGUAUGUGGUAGCUCCUUUCUACCCCAGCUGCUCCUCGAUGCCGGUGGUGCUGGUCAAAUGUGUGGCCGCCGCCUGCAUCCUGAUCCUCGCCUUGGCCAACUGCCGAAGCGUGAGGCUGGCCACCGGGUUGAUGAACCUAUGCACCGUAGCCAAGGUCUUGGCGCUGCUCGUCAUCAUCGGCGGAGGGUUCUGGGUCCUGGUCCGGGGUAGUGCCGGCGACACCCUCCAGAACGCCUUCGCGGACACCACCCAGCAGCUGGGAAGCAUCAGCAUCGCUUUCUACCAGGGCCUCUGGUCUUUCAAUGGGUGGAACAAUUUGAAUCUGGUGACUGAAGAGCUAAGGAAUUCAAAGAAGAACCUGGUUCGGGCCGUAGUGAUCUCCAUUCCCCUGGUCACUGUCCUCUACAUCCUUGUAAACCUGAGCUAUAUGGUGGUCAUGAGUCCCAGUGACAUCCGGGACUCCAGCGCUGUGGCGGUCACCUGGGGGAAUCAGAUCCUGGGAGAUUGGGCCUGGCUGGUGCCCCUCUCGGUGGCUCUCUCCACCUUCGGGUCAGCAAACGGAGCGUUUUUCAGUGGGAGCCGAGUGUGCUACGUCGCUGCCAGGGAGGGGCAUAUGCCAGGUAUCCUGUCCAUGGCCCACGUCCGGUAUCUCACCCCUUCCCCAGCUCUGACGUUCACCGCGGCAGUGGCUCUGAUCAUGAUCAUCCCUGGAAACUUCAGCAGCAUUGUCAACUUUUGCAGGCACGGGGGAAGCUUUGUAUUGUGGAUGAUUCAUGGAACUACCAUCAGCUGCCUCCUUUAUCUGAAAGUUAAGAAGAAAGACUUGCCAAGAUCAUACAAGGUCCCCAUCAUCAUCCCAGUCAUUGUGCUGCUGGCCUCCAUCUACCUGAUCCUGGCACCCAUCAUUGACCAACCACAGAUGGAAUUCCUUUACGUCUUCCUGUUCAUGCUCAGUGGCAUAGUGGUGUAUUUCCCCAUCAUUUACUUCAGAUACCGGCCCCGACUCUUGCAGGAGGCCACAGUACAAAUUCAGCUCUUCCUAGAAGUGGCUCCGACCAUGAAGAAUGUGGACUGAUGGCCACUGGGACACUCUUCAUAUCUUGCCAUGUCUCUUGACUUAAUAUUUCUAUUUUUUAUUGUGAACUUAGUGAACAUGGACAGUUCCUGUUCAUGAAUUGGUGAACUUUUGUUACAUAUCAUUUGGUUGGGGUUUGCAUAUGUGUGUACAUAUUAAGUGUUGUCAAUAAAACUUCCCUGCUCAUCCCCUUUCAAA